CAGCAGGCCCUGAAGGGACAGUCACUUUCUGCUUGAGCUCAGCCAAGGCAUCAGACAGCAGCCCCAGGUGUCAUGGACUGGAAGCCCACAGCGGUUCCACGUACCGAGUCCUCCUGAAACCAUAGAGUCUUCCGCACAGAGCGGUCUCUACCAUAGAAGUGCGCAAGUAAAUCCUUCAAGUCUUCCAAACCAUAGAGACGACGGAGCUAGAUAAUCCUUUCUCACGCAACGACGCUCUGGUUUUUCCUCUCUCUCGUUUCUGAGUCUGCGCAGUGGGUGGUGUGCGCUGAGUUUGGCGGGAAAAGACGUAAACAUGGCUGAUUCUGGGUGAGUUUACCUGUGUCUCAGAACUGCUGUGUUAGAGGAUGGGUCACAAAACAGCUCAGGAGGCAGCAUUGGAGACAUGGCAAUUAAGAAAAAUAAAGGUGGAAAGAUCGUAAAAUCCCGUUACAUGCAGUAUGACAAGUGCAAAAUUGCAAAGAAAAAUCUGGCUAACACAACAGUAUGUUCAGGUGGGAAGGCACCAGAGAGAACCAGCAGCGGCACACCCACACGUAGAUCUAUAGCUCCUCAGCGAACAAAGGCUAUGCCGGGCAUUGCUUCUAAUGUUCUCGAUGGAAGUCUUUUUUGGAAAGAUGAUUUGCAGUCAACGUUGUUAGAUGGCCACAGGAUUGCCCGUCCAGACCUGGAUCUCUCUGUUAUUAAUGAUAAAACAAUGCAGCGCUUAACCCCUAGAUCUCAAUAUGCUUCAGAACAGAGGAAGCCAAAAAGAGAAACAUCUGUAAACAUUGUCCCAGAAGACACUGUAGAAAUAAUGGAGUUCCAAACCUUGAUGUUCACUUAUUUAACUAUGAAGAUGCAAAAAAACCUCAGUCGUCUUGAAGAGAAAGCAGAAAGAAACCUAUUGCUAGUGAAUGAAGAGAAGGAUCACUUGCAAGAGAAGGUGCAUAAGCUGAAACGUGAAAACUUGCUGUUCAAGAGAGAAGAGGAACUUCAUGAUCUGUUGGAUAAGCAGACUGAAGCUUUAGAACCUUCUAUAGAAGUCAAGGAUACGUUCGAGAACAAUUACAGAACAUUUGCCACUGCGCUCGAUUGCACCAGGCACCAACUACCCAUAAAGGAUAUUCAUGUUAUAGGCACACGUCAACGGUACCUAGAGGACCUACAGAAACAUUUAGAAACCACCAAAUCUCUCCUAGAGGAAACCAUAUCUACUUCAGCUGAGGAAAAAGCUGAAAUGUUUGGAACAAUUAAGGACUUGAAAGACAUUGUGAUUAAGACUGAUGCAGAACUUACUCGGACAUUCCACCAGGUUUUGGAUUUAUCCUUUAAAGUCAGCAAAGAAAUAUCUCUACAGAAUCAAAAAGCAGUAGAAGAAAGCUGUGAACUGGAUGUGGUAAAGCACUGGUACUUUGACCAGGCUCUUAUUUAGCUAUGUUCUCCUUACCUUACCUAUUAACCGGUUUCACAUCAAAGUGCACUGUCUCUUUAUUGGUUCGGUGGGAGGGGGGUUUGUUUUUUCUUUAAACAAUUGGAAUUUGUUAAGCAAUUGUAUUGAUUAAAAUCAUGUUUAAUGUCCUGUUCUUCAGUGUUAUUACGUGCUAUCUCAUUAAAAGUGUUAUUCAUUACUAA